GUCCUGUGUACUUUCCAAGACGAGUGACCAUGAUGCGUUUACUGUUUGUGUCGGCGCUGUUUGUUCUUGCUGCCUGUACCAGCAACAAGCCUGAAUUGGACAACGGACAGAGUUGUGUUGUGGGCACUUUGUUCACCCACAUUCUUCAACUGGAACGAACAGUGGCUCGUCUGUCAACAGAACUGAAGACCAUGGCAACAAACCAAGAAAUAUUGAAAUCCACUCUGCUCGCUAAUAUUUCACUAUCACUUGCGGCUCAAGCAACUGACGUGGCCUACAGCGUGUCUCUUCGGUCAGACAUCCAACAGAUUGGUGGAAAAUCUCUUACAUUUGACACAGUCUUGUACAACCAAGGGGAUGCUUACAACAAGGCCACUGGUAUUUUCACCGCCCCCGUGUCUGGCACAUACGUCUUCUGGGCAAAUGUGAUGGUAGAAUCGACUGCCUAUAUGGGUAUCCGCAUUUUCAGUGGAAGCAAGAUUAUUGGUCGUGGGUAUAUCACUGGCCAAAGACAUGGUGUAGCUUCCAUCACGACUACUACCUACUUGCGCCAAGGAGACCAGGUGUGGAUGGAUGCUGAAGUCACUUCUUCCACCAUUGAUCUCCGGGGAGACGAAUAUUCAAGUUAUGGCGGAACACUCAUUCGUGUCCAAUAAUGGGUCCGGGGUUUCGAUGAACUCUGUACAUUGUUAAUAAUAUCUAAAUACUGAUUUGAAUUCAA